GGACUCAAGAGCUUGGGAGAAGCUGAUUCUCAGACUGAAGGCCAGAGCGCAGCACCUUGUCAUCAUCCUGAGAAGUAUCAUGUCGCAGAACAACCAGAGCCAAGAGUCACACACCCUCCAGACCACAGUGGUGUGUGAGUUGCUGGGAAACCAGAGCACCAGGGGACAGUGGCGAUAUAACUAUGAUGGCCAGGACUUCCUUCUCAGCAGACUUGAGCUUUUCAACUUCAGCAAAAGCCAGCCAGAAACAAGCAGAGCUGCAGAUGGGGAGGAGGGAAGGGAGCAAUCCUUCCUGACCCAGAGCUGCAUCUACCCUCUCCGGAAAUAUGUGGAAGCUGGGGUGGGGCCACAACCCACCAAAGGUGUGAUAGAGCCUUCUCGCACUAAGUACCCUCCAGCCUGGAUCUUCUGUGCAUUCCUGGCUUUUGCAGUGGUCAUUGUGGGAGCUGCAGGCACAUUCCUCUGGAAGAAGUGGAAAAAGAGCAGGACAGGAGGUGUGCAGAGAGAUGUCUACAUUCCCAUGUCAACUCCCUCACCUCUCUUGCUCACCUUUGUCUUCCUGCAGACUACAACCAGAGUUGACUCCUCUAUAUGAGACUGACAGACCUCAGAAGUCAGAAUAAAUGGUUUCCUAGCCCUGGUCAAGAGCAAGCCUCCAGUUGUCCCCAUCCCCCUGAGUUUUUUCAGCUGAUUUUCCAACCAAACAGCAUCCCCAUACCCAGCGAGGGUAAGGCUGGGCAGACAGCAACAAGGCCACAUCACACUGUUUUGCAGCCACGACGGCCAGCCACACCAGCCAGCCACACCUGGUGGGAAGUGGGCCUCACCUGGAUCUCUGGGCAGUCUCUGUGAAGGGCCUUGACAUUGCAGUGCAAUAAAGGUGUAGGUGGAGAGUUUCUGA